CUUAGAAAUAGUUUUAAGAGGCACUGUUACAAUACAUCCAGACUAUAAAGAACGGAAAUGCUAGAUGGCUGUGAUCUUGCAGUUUUUUUUUUUUCAUAACUGGCAUCUAAAAAAACAACAGAGAGGUUGUUUGGCAAUGCGACUCUAGUUGAUUUUGAGGUUGGCCACUUAAACUGAAUUGUCAAAUGCGCAACAGUGUGAAUCAUGAAACACCCAGCAGUCCAGCCUCCUCAAGAGAAUGUGCUAAAAUAGCGGUUACUGAACGAGUUGCAAAUGAAACAAACACAUUACCUUACUUCCUCAUCUGACCUGACAUCGCCGUUGUUCUGAGGAUGAGAGAAAGUCAUACAGUUUUGGAAUGACAUGAAGGGACCAUGACGAUGAACACCACAGUUGCUAACAUCAUCAGCUCGGCAGUGACACCCAGCCCUGCUCCAACAACCCCCUUACCCCACCUCACCGAGCCCUUCAGAAUCACCCUUAUCGUCAUCUACACUUUCGUGCUUCUGGUGGGGAUCACAGGCUUAACCCUCAUGAUCAGCUUGUUAAAAAGCAACAUUCGCUCGUUAACCACCAUCGCCUUCCUGAACCUUAUAUUCGCACAUUUUCUUUUCCUGCUCACCGUGCCAUUCAGAAUCUACUACUACGCGACCCAAGCAUGGCAUCUGCAUAUGGGGAUGUGUAAACUAGUCAGCGCCAUGGUGCAUAUCCACAUAUAUAUGGUGUUUUCAAUCUACGCCAUCAUUCUUACCCUUCGCUUUCUGCAUUAUUACAAGAAAAUGCAAUGGACCGAGUUCUACAGGCGGCUGCACGCACUGGGCGCGAGCGCUCUAGUGUGGCUCCUCCUGUUACUCAUCAUGCUACCCCUCGUGCUGUUACAAUACGGAGAGUCGUCUGGAAACCACAAGGACGCAGGGGAAAAUCAGUGCUUCAAAUUUGGGAAAAUGAUAAAUGAAGGUCCCGUCUACACCCUGAACAUGAUUAUGUCCAUCUUUAUUAUCAGUGUGUCGUGUGUUCAGACCGGCAUCCAGGCGAUCAUCCUGCACGCGAUGAUACGCAAGUACGGAUCCGCCAGCCGCUCCCAGCAGGAGUUUUGGGUCCAAAUAAAAAACCUAAUCUUUGUACUUAUCAUGCUCACCUGCCUGGUACCGUACCACCUUUUUCGGUUGCAUUACCUGAACCACACUGAAGAUCUUCAUGAAAUAAAUGAGGUGUUUCUGGCCAUCACGGGACUUACGUGUUUCGACAUGCUGACGUUCACCGGGAAGGGUGUGUGUCAGGUGUGCUUGACCUAAAGCAGCUAUUCUCCACAUCAUUGACCAUCAAUCAGGGUCUGCAGAUGUGAAAACGGGAACUGUUUUUACAGGAAACGAGUGUAAUACUUAUAAUACGGUGACAGUAAUGGUAAAUGAGCAACCCAGCUGACAAAAAUAGCCUAUGUAUUAGGAACGUCUGACUAACGUUCCUAUUAAACGUUUUGAAAACGUUAUUUGUGAAUGUUCUCUGAACGUUUUUAAAAUGUUUUAAAGUAGCCUAUUUCUCUCUUGGUUUUGCUAACAUUUAGGGAACUUUCUGUUUUGUUCCAUUUUCGUUUUGUUUUUUAGCCUAUUUUGUCUGCGUGUUUUGCAAACAUUACUAAAGUUACAUUUUAAUGUUCUCUGAACAUUGUGAAACAUGUAGUAACAUUUAAAAAACAGACUGUUCAACUAAAAUGUUUCAAAAGAAAACGUGACAUUAACCGUAGGCUAUGCUGUGCUAGAGCUACCUAACUGUGGUAGGCUAUGCUAGCUAAAAAGAAAUGGAGAGAAAGACACUGAAAGCUUCUAUUACAAAAAAAUAGCUUCUAGGCUGUAGCUAAAUUUCGAAGGUAAACACCGUAUAACAUGGUAGGCCUAUAUUAAAAUAACAGUAGUACCACAGUAGCUUUUAUUAAGGAUGACAGCCACUAAAUUAUGUUUUUACAGAAAAUUAACCUGUUUCUUUUUAGAAUAAAUGAAAUGGCAGUUGUUUAGAUAUGACUUGUGCUUUUGAGCUAUAAGAGUAGGCCUACAUUUUAUUUAAAGAAUGAAUUUAACAGCGAACUAAUAGGCCUAGGCCUAUAUAAAAAUAACAAAACUGUUAUUUCAGGAGUUCUUACACCUCGAAUAGAGUUUUUUCAACUUAUAGGCAUACAUGCGAGUCUCACUGACUAAAAAUCACAAAACUUAUAGGCUAUUUACCUCAAGAAGGGAGUUUUCCAACUUAUAGGCAUGCAUGCGAGUCUCAUCGACUAAAAAUCACAAAACUUAUAGGCUAUUUACGUCAAGAAGGGAGUUUUCCAACUUAUAGGCAUGCAUGCGAGUCUCAUCGACUAAAAAUCACAAAACUUAUAGGCUAUUUACGUCAAGAAGGGAGUUUUUCAACUUAGGCAUAUAUGCGAGUCUCAUCGACUAAAAAUCACAAAACUUAUAGGCUAUUUACCUCAAGAAGGGAGUUUUUCAGCUUAUAGGCAUACAUGCAAGUCUCAUCGACUAAAAAUCAUAAAACUUAUAGGCUAUUUACCUCAAGAAGGGAAUUUUUCAGCUUAUAGGCAUACAUGCAAGUCUCAUCGACUAAAAAUCAUAAAACUUAUAGGCUAUUUACCUCAAGAAGGGAAUUUUUCAGCUUAUAGGCAUACAUGCGAGUCUCAUCGAAUAAAAAUCACAAAACCUAAUGGCUAUUUACCACAAGAAGGGAGUUUUUCAACUUAUAGGCAUACAUGCAAGUCUCAUCGACUAAAAACCACAAAACUUAUAGGCUAUUUACCUCAGUAAGGGAGUUUUUUGAACUUAUAGGCAUACAUGCGAUUCUCAUCGACUAAAAAUCAUAAAACUUAUAGACUAUUUACCUCAGGAAGGGAGUUUUUUCAACUUAUAGGCAUACAUGCGAGUCUCAUCGACUAAAAAUCAUAAAACUUAUAGACUAUUUACCUCAGGAAGGGAGUUUUUUCAACUUAUAGGUAUACAUGCGAGUCUCAUCGACUAAAAAUCACAAACCCCUUUUGAUUUCGUGAGUACUUUAAAAUGCCCCAAUUAUUUAGGCCUGUAACUUAGCCAACGACUAACGACUUUUCAACUUAUGCAGAAGUAAAACCAAUCGAUACAUGUAUGAGUUUAAAAAUGUGGUUUUAUGUUAUGCAAGACCAAUGACUGACCAACCGAGACCGGUAAAUAGAGAUUUGGCGCCCUCUUCUGGUAAAAUUGGAGAACGUCAAAGAGCCGUUCGGAGGUUGGUUAGUUGAAAGGUAAAAUGAUAGUUCUGUAAAACUAUGAUUUGGGCGUCCAACCAAAUAGUUUUUAAGCAGGCUUUUUUUAAUUUAUUUUUUAUUUUCUGAAAAUACAAAAAUGUCUAAAUAUUAUAAACAUUAGCUAUAAAUUCAAAUGUUUCUACUUGUAGGCUUCGUACUGUUUGUCAGUAGUAUUCUUUACGUCGUGAACCCACGCACAGGCAACGCGUUUCAUGUCUUCUGUUUUAUUGGGGCUAGUUACUGUUUAACAUCUCCACCCAACUUUCAGUUUGUUUAGUAAAUCGAUCUAAUGAGAGGCUCCCCCAACACCACCAAAAGUAUUAUCCAAUGACAUGUUAAACACUUCAUGUACUCGCAUUUGCUCUCUGUAACAGCAAAACAUAUUUAUUAGCAUACAAUUUUGACCCGUGUUCGUUUGAGUUUUGGUGGAUUAAUGCAAAUCGUUGUUGGACGUGGAGAAGGUAAGACCAGAUAGCUUUGAGUUGCGGUCAUUCAAUUGUGGGCCAGUUAAAGAGAAAAAAAUCCGUUAAAACGUUUGUUUGUUAGGAAUUUAAAGAAGUCCUUACUACUAACGUAAAAAAUAUCGCUCGGUUUGAACAGUCAGGCUGUGACGUCAACAUUCGUGUCUUUAUUAUUAUUAUUAUUAUUAUUAUUAUUAUUAUUAUUUUAUUAACAAAUAGAAAUGUAGUCUUUGUGUUUCUUACAUAAAAUGUACAGGAUUUUAAUUUGUGAGCACAAAUAAGCAGUGCUUAUAUUGAAGUAUUGGUAUUAUAUUGUAGAGCCUAUGUUGUUGAAAAAGGUUUCAAAUAUGCUAAAUUCACGUUCUCACAAUUGUCUUUGCGUUGUAAAUAAGUUACUUUAAAAGGUUGCAUUUUUCAUGGAAACAUGCCUCCAUACUAUCUUCUUUUAGGUCAGAUAAAUAUUUCAGUUGCCUAAACAAAAAGUCUUAUUAAUGGCUUUUUUAAUACAAAACUGAAUGCAGCCUACUAACUUAAUACUGCUAGUUUUUCCCAGUCUUUGGGUGAUAUUUUACUUCCACGCAAUUAGUUUGACCUUGAAUUUACUUUGUUUUUGAUAUUGUACGAUGGGUCAACUAAUGUAGAGUAUAUUGCAAUAUGAUGUUCUCUGUGCAUUGUAAUUUGUUAGUAAGGUGUAAUGCAAUUUAUUGAAAAUAGAGGGCAUGAAAUAGAUGCCCUAACUCUUGUCACGUGAACAUUUGAGCACUUCCUCAUUUAAACAUUGUUUGUUGGAGUGAAGUUAAAAUGUAACCUGUGUGGUGUUGCCUCAAGAGUAUCCAUGUGCUUACUGAAUCUAAUGUCAUGUCUGAUUUAUUUAAUAUUUUAUAUCUUUUAUUUUAAUAUUUUGUUGUCUUUCUGUAGCUUCUGUUUGUACAGUAAUGGUGCUAUUCAAUUUUUUUCUACUGUAGAUUUAAGUAAAGUAAGGCAGUUUAGUCUACAGAAAAACAGUACUCACACUUUUAAAUCUUUUAAAAUCUAACAAACUCUUAAGGAAAAGUAUUUCAUUAAAGUUGAAUGUUUUAAAAAAAAUUAUAUUUUGACCAGA